GCAAGGUCUCGGAGCUAGGGCUAGAGAGUACGUGAAAGUACAACAAUGGCGUUUUGGUGUAGAGUGAAGAAUUCGAAGAUCAAAACCCUAUCAAUUCAUCUGAAAAGGUGUUAUUUCCAAUACCCUCAUGGUUCCAAUUCGCUCAUUGCCAGUGCUUCACAACCUUUAGUUCGAGUUCUCAGUAACUCUAGCUUAACUAUCCCGAAGAGUCCGUUCGAAUUUUCAAAAAGUGUCAGGUGUUUCGCUGCACCUGUACAGGCGAAGACGAGGAAGGAAGAGAAGGAUACCAGUGGUCCUAGAUUGAAUCGUGAAAUCACCGCAGAUGUUGUUAGGCUUGUCGUUGACGAAGGUUUCAUACUUUGCAUUUUUGCAGGUCAUCGCAUAGUGUCAAUACGUGAAGCUUUGGAACUUGCAAGAAGUCUCAACCUUGAUUUGGUGGAGGUGGCACGGAGCAGCAAACCACCUGUUUGCAGAAUUAUGGACUACCACAAAGAAAAAUAUCAAAAACAAUUGAAGGAGAGUGCUAAAAAAAGCAAGUCUGAGUUAACUUUGAAGAAGGGAGAUUGUAAAGAAGUCCGAUUUGUUGGUAAAAUUGAAAAAAAAGACUUGCAAAUUAAAGCAGAUACAGUUAAACGAAUGAUGGAGCGUGGCUAUCGGGUGAAGUGUACAGCCAUGUCCAUGGGCGAUGGAGGAGAGGAUUUGGGAGCAGUGCUAUCACGUUUCUCUCCUCUGAUUGAAGAUGUUGCGUAUGUUGAAAGUGGACCAAGAGUGGAGAAAAAACAGGCAUAUAUUGUUGUCAGGCAUGUUAAGUUUGGUCCAUCAAAGAAAGGCUCUGGAAAGAAAGCGUCAAAAGAAUACAAGACUGCCAUCUCUGCAGAGGAUUGUAACGAAUCAGCAUCAGUAGCACCUGAAAGUUUUUUACAAUCGAAGCAAAAUUGUGAUACUUCUGAAUCUAGCAUUGAAAGUGACGAUGAUAGCUGUGUGGAAGCAAUGACUGAUGAAGAUAUUGAUAACGCCAGAGCAGAUUUUGCAAGCGUUAGACGUGCGCAUGAUUCUUCUCGAACCGAAACAACUGUGCCUUUGUCUGGAGGGCAAAGAAGUUUCAGAAGAGAAUCAGGAAACACAUUGCAGGGUCCGUCAGGGGAAGAAAACAGGUAUAGAAGAGACCCAAGUUCGAGGAGUACAAAGUUGGCGGACACCAUAUCUGAUAUAGGAAGGCAAGUACCAUUGGACCGGAGUACUUUGUCACAUACUAGAGACCUUGGAUCUCAAUUCCCGAGGAAGUCUCCCGAGCAACAUUCUUCUCAGUCUAGUGGUCGAAGUUCUCCAUCGUCUGGUUUUGGUAUUUUUAGCUCUCCGCAGGCAGACAGGACCCCGGGCAACGAGAACAAUGUUGCCACACAGAAUAGGUACAAGAAAAGCGAGCAGUUCAAUUCUGGAAGGAACUCUAGUGCUUCAGAUCCUAGAGGUUUACCUAUGGGUAAUGCUCAAGCUAGAAGACCUGAUCUUGGUAGGAGGGAUGGUCAAGGGAAAUACCCAGUCUUUGGUGACAGUGCGAACAUGAAGCCAGACCACAGCUCGGAAACUCAACGCUAAGUUGUUGAAAUGAUAUAACGUGCUUCCAAAUUUAGUUUCUACAUUUUGAGCAGAGCAAAUAAUCUGAUAUACAGUACAACUUAGGCUGAUUUUUUCUUUUACCAUGUCAGCCACUCCCUCAUUCAGCGAUCUUGAUAAGCAGAAUACGACAAGUGUUUGGUAUGACAUUCAUUCUUUUGAAUAUUCAGGAUUUCCUGGUGACCUCGAAACUGGUGGUGCAUAUGCCUAGUCUCCUCGUCAAUUUGUUUGUAAUUCAAUACGUUAACAUUAUGUGUAAUGUCUAUUGAUAUCUCUGUUAGAUGGAAAUAUAUGUUCUUAUUGUUCUUCGAGAGGCAAUGAAACAAUACUUCCUCUGUUUCAAAUUAGCUGUAUUACUUUUAGGUCCGUUUAGUUAUGAUGUCAUAAGUUAUACUGGGAUUAGUUUUUAUUGACAAUUUGGUUUGUCAUAUACAAAAUAAUAUGUAUUGUAUAAUUUCUAAGAAUAAGUUGUUUAUUUACAAAAAUACUCUCCAUCUUAUUUAGUUUUUUAUAC